GCAAAACAAUCUUUUUAUCCUCCGGACCGGGCGGCUUGUUGGCUAUCCGGGGUAGCCAAUUCCUAGCGACCGGACGCUCCAUGUAGAAUAGAAGUAGACGUAAAAGGCACAAAUAAUACCUAUCAAGCAGCGACAAUCGUGAUAAAUGUAUCUCACUCGUGAAAUUUGCACUAAAAUCUAUAGAAAGCUGGUUUUCUUUCUUUAGUCUGCACUCGCUCGAUGUUAACAUGGAUUCCAGGUGUAUUUUGGACAAGCCGGUGGUCGCUGGGGCGGAAUUCGGGUGCCAGUCGGCUCACUCGGUGCUGCGCGACAACCAGCUGGGGAGACGCGGCGUUGUACCGGCUGCUGAGGCGACCACUAACGGGGCUCUUUUCUUCAAAUGUGUGCUCGACGGGGAGGCAGCGCCGAAGGUUAAAGCCUGCCCGAGAGGGAACGGGCAAAUAUUGCACGACGUGGAAAAAACUGGUGUGGGGGACCACAGAGACACUGGUUGCACUGCUAGCCUAAAGAGGGCCAGUCCUACGCACUGCCCAGGCACAAAUGGGCAACUGCCAGGCAGCUUUAUGCACUUGGACAUCAGGAAUCAAGAGAGACAGGCUGGGAUGGCCCUCAGCUUCAGGCCGGCUCAAGGACAGAAUGUACCAGAGAUGGAGAGACAACCGCUCCCUUCCUCCCAUAUCCCCGUUCCCAGAAACAGGAAGCCUUCAGGUCAUGCUGAUAAGGAGGUGAUGGCCGCUGCCGUCCUGACAUCGCUGUCCACAUCCCCGUUGGUGCUCUGCCCGUCCUCUGCGCCCACAGUUCCAGAGCCAGCGAACAGGGCUUGGAAAGAGGUGCUGUCAGCCAGCUACAGCAGCUCCACCAGUGGCAACUGGAGCUGGGAUGCGAGUGACCAAUCGGUGCCCUCCACGCCAUCGCCACCUCUGUCCAACGAUGCCAACAAGAACUUCCUGCUCUCGUCCCAGGGCUAUGAUGUCAACGAGGACGUCACAGAGAGUGCGCACUUCAUGUUUGAGGACCCCAUACCUCGAAAGCGAAAGAACUCCAUGAAGGUGAUGUUCAAGUGCUUGUGGAAGAACUGUGAAAAGGUCCUCAGCACCUCCUCAGGAAUACAGCGGCACGUCCGCACCGUCCACCUGGGGCGUAACAGUGACUCUGACUACAGUGACGGGGAAGAGGAUUUUUACUACUCAGAGAUUGAGGUCAACAUGGACAGCCUGACGGAGGGCUUGUCCAGCCUCACACCCACUUCACCCACCACUGUCGGUCCUCCAGCCAUCUUCCCACUUCCGCUCUCUGACGUCCCGCACUCAGAGCACAUCAACAUGAAUGGACCACAGAUCCACACCCCAACACUGCUCAGCCAAUCAGCACCCUCCACACUCUGCCAUAUCCGCACUGACCAUGCCUACCAGGCCACUGCUCCAGUGAAUAUCCCUGUGGUUCCUGAGCUGCCUGGCUCAGACCAUGGUAAUGGAUCUGGGCCUGGAACCGGAACCGGGACUGGAAAUGGCAUCAGUGUGUCAUGGCAGUCCCCUCCAGUUAUUUUCAAAGGCAUCCCGGGGCCUGUUGUGACUCAUGUGCGCACAGUGAGCAUCGGGGAAAAGCGGCUGCCGGCAUCCAGCACAAAUGGCACUGUUAUCAAGAACCACGCUUUAAUAACUCCGGCAUCUAAAUCAGCACAAGGAAACCGGAAACCCCGCGGGGAAGCCAAGAAGUGCCGAAAGGUGUAUGGCAUGGAGAAGAAAGAGAUGUGGUGCACGGCCUGCCGCUGGAAGAAAGCAUGUCAGAGAUUCACCGACUAAGACACCUUUCCCCUCGACUCCCCCCACCCUUGCCGGCGAGAUGAGCUCUUACUCUUUGACGAAUCACACCGACUUGACGUGGGCAGAUUUCCUGGAUUUCCUCCUGCAGAGCAGCGGGAGGUUUGCCUUCAAUCUUUACUCUUUCCAAACACAGACGACAAACAGCAAGAUGUUUUCUUAAGACUGAGACAUUUUCACUCGCCUACUGUUCAUAAAAAAAAAAAAAAACAAAGGAAAAAAGAAACAUUGGUCAAAUUCGGAACACUCAGAUGAUAUUUUUGUUUUUUUGUUUCACUUUUUCCACUAAAUGUGUAAGACUACAAAAAAGGUAUUUUGCUAUACUCAGUCGGUCGUAAUAGCAGCACCAUGUAAGCUACUGUUGAUGGGGUGGAUCAGUCCAGUGUUGUCACCAGGAAAGACUUCUGUAGCAAAUGUGUUCAAGAGAUUCUGCCACUGAGGUAGAGCCGCCAAUGUCAGCUCCUAACAUUGUUGUUUCCUGCCGCCUUAACGUAUCGACUGUGCAUCUUGCGCUUGCUCAUUCAGGCUUUCAUUACCGCCAGCUUUAUACAUUUUGGAAUGAUGCACAAAACCUUCACGCCAAGUGGUACAAAAAGAUAUUACCUCUUGACUCUGCAAAACAAAAAACAAAAAAAAAUGCUCGAGAGAUGUACACAAUAGAUGACAUAUAUUUCCCUCUUCUUUUACCUAGAGAUAUGCACCUUGAAUAAAUAAGUCGACUUUUAAGAGUAUCACUGUAACCACAGCGUAUGCCUGAGAGAGUGGAUAAGUGUUUCAUAUAGAGUUUAUUUUCAGCAUGGAUUUCAGCAGGAUUACAACUGUUUUAUAUUGUCUUUCUUGCUUUAAUGUUGUCAUUGUUGUUUAAGGUGAGUUUAGGCAUAAAAAGCUCCCCCCCCCAUUUGACAUCUGAUAUUCUGAAAGAGAUUCUUUAUCAUAAUGUCCCCACAAAAAGCCCCCGUCUGACUGAGGAUGAAAAUAAUAAUAAGAGUAAUAAUAAUAAUAAUGGAAUGGAUAUCGCAAGAUACCCAAAGCGCUUUACAGUGAAACCCAUAAAUUCCUUAGUCAUUCACUCCACAGUCACACACUGAUAGUGAUAAUCUGGAGGCAAGGUGGGUGACGUGUCAACAGCAGUGACUGGGAUGGAGGAAGCCGAGUUCGAACAACCUGCGUACCUCCUGAGCCACUUCCACCUUUUCAGUGACCCUUUCCUAAUCCUUUAAAUCAUCUUCUGCUCAGUUAUAACAUUUGAAAAGUUAGAAUCAAAGCUUCAGUCUUUUGUGACAGGCUAGUUUUUUCCAACCAGUAGAUUAUACGUAGCUGGUAUAAACCAAUUAUUAAAAAAAAAAAAAAUGUACCCCUAUUUUUGUUUUAUUUCUGUUGGAUGUCUAGGACAUGGGAGAAUUCAGGAAAAGGCCACUCUUGUGAUCAUGGUUAAAAACAAGACAUUUCUAUUCUGGCAUCUUGCAGCUUUGUUUUGGCUGAAUCUGAUUGUCUUCUGGUGAUUAUUUUAGUCAUGAAACCCUCCCAACAUUGUAGUAAUCAAUGUAGUUGUACUUUUUUAAUCAGCUUGUUUUUGCUAAUUGUUAUAUAAUUCCUAUGUUCAGAGCCCCUAGAAGAAGUUUUAGAUGCCCCCCCAGUAGCAGUAGUACCCUUUACUAAAUUGUGUUUUUUUAAGAUUUAUUGCCAAUGUUGAUCAUUUCCAGGUGAUGACAUGCAUACCAGACCAUACAGCCAAGUCACUGUAGUUAUUUAAAGAGCCCAUUUCAAAUCCUCCGCCAGGCCCUGAGAGUCUAAGGGCAUUUUCCAAAUGAAAACUGAAAGGUGGCGAUGUAACCGAUGACUAUCCCCUUGUUUGAUUGUUACGCUGAUUGUUGCGCAGCUUUUUUUUUUUUAUAAUGUAGAUUGGCUGCAUGUCCUCCACAUGCACAGGGGACCCCAUCGUCAUGGAAACACAUGACAAACACAGACAAGGUCUGACCCUUCCAGUAAGAGCAGGUACAUUGUGACUUUUGUCCUCUGUUGCCAUAGAAACAUCAGCCUCCUGACUAUACAGAGAUGCUCGUGCUGACUGCUACUAGCUGAUAGUACCUUAUCAUCACGUGAUGCCUGGAAACUGAUUCUGGCCCACCUUUUUAUUGUCAGAAGCCACAGGAAGUGACCAGUUGGAGUUAAUAUCUCAUAAGUUCCCACUAUAAACCCUGAUUUAUUCUUUUUUGCUCCAGUAAAGUGAUAAGCUAACUCCUGUCCUGUGAUUGGCUGACCUCACAGAAACCUCACAAAGUGCCAAUGAUAAGAACAUAAAAAAGGAAAGGUAUAGACACCUGAUAAAAUUGCACUACACUGCACUGCGCAAAGUUUUUAUACAUGGAUGUUUUCUAUACAUACGAUUUUAAAGUGAUUUUUGUUAUUUCUUUUCAAAAUGGUGUUUGGGGUAGGAGUGUUGCCAUAGCCUGAUGAGAUAGAUGAGACGUCAGGGAUAGAGGUUUUACACCUCCCAUCAUCAUCAGCUGACAUGAUCUUGUCUGUUUGUCUUUUGUACUCAGCAAAGCGGUGCUGGCAGUGUUGGUGUGCUACUGGCUUAUCCAGUGUGGUACUUUGGAAGUCAUUUACUUUGCCUCUUGCUGGAGUUGUGCCGAGGGGGGGAAAAAGCACCCGCUCGUCUCCAUGAGUAUCGUCUUAGCUUUACUGUUGCAUUUCUUCACAGUCGUCUGACCUUUCCAUAACCUUGGCGCUACCUGAUCACUCUGCAAACGUCCUGUGUUGUUUGUGCUGAUACCACUUGUGAAGGUGAUAGAAUAGCAGCCCAACAGGUGACUUUCCAUGCUCCUAGCAAGCACUUUUUAGAUUUCCACCAGCAUGUGUGUGGAUGCUCAACCAGCUCUAUCGAUUCCACCUUUUGUGUUGCACUAAUCUGGCCAGUGACUAUCAAGGCCCCCUUGUGUGCUGCAACUGCAUUAAACUUAGGUUACUUGUUGCAAAUUGUGAUCAUUGACAAGAAUGAGGAUGGAGAUUGGCAAAGUGGUGAGUGUAUGUCAGGCGUUCGUGGACACACGGUGAUGAUCAAGAUAGUUUCAGGACUUUUUUGUUUGUACAGCAUUGUUUGCAGCAUUACAAAAACCAUGACGCUUUUUCAUAUAAUGUUAUUUUUGUUGUUGUUUCGCUCUAUGAAAAGGAAACUUUUUUUUUUUUUUACAGUACAGAUGCUCCGAUUUUUUUUUCAAGUUGAUUGAGAAGUUGUAGUGCGCAUACGUUAAGAUUCAAUGUCUAUUGUAGCUUUGAGGCAAAGGCGUGGGGGGGGGGCGGGACCUGUUGAAUGUAAAAGUUACAAAAAUAAAUUGUUUUUGUUUUAUUUGCUGACUAGUUUGUACUGCCUCUGAUGCAUCCAAAUCUUUCAACAAUGCCCUGACAUCUGCUUGGUCAUAUCAAAUGGCGCAGCUAUGCAGUAUUGCUGUGCCUGACUUGUUGGCAGUUGGAUGCUUUGCAACGGAACAAGCACUAGCUUGGACUUACUCACAUUGCUCACAAUGUAUGCUUUUUGCUUUUGUGCCGUCUAGUAGUUGUUAGGCAGGACAGCCUUCCACGCUGGGUGAAACAGUCUACCCUACCAGGUUGUGGUCUUCCUGCCUUGCACAUUCCAACACAUAGAAGCUUUUAGUGUCUUCCACUUGACCUCUCCUUUCCUUUCCCAUCACUUCGUUUGUUCCCAUGUGCUCUCCAGCUUUACUGUGGUCCCUCCCAACAGCUUUUACCCAGCACAUUAAGCUAACAUUUACCCUUAAAAUGUGCAUCGAGAAAAGCCUCCGUAUGUUAUUUUUUCCAAAUAUGUCAAAAUCGUGCUGCUUUUUUUUUUUUUUUUUUUUUUUUGAAUGUCAGUUUUCAUGUUGUGUGUUCAGCAGCAGGAGCAACAAAGCUUUCCAAAUCAAACGUAACGCAUCGCAAUGGCAGCUCCACUCGCUUCUGUUUCUGUGUCCUCUUUGUCUCUCAUGUGAUGACCGUUUCUUUGACAGUUUUUGUUGAGCCUUACACUGGCUGCUAUGAAAACUGACAAGCCUUUUUUGGUUCGUUUUUGCUUUCUAAUUUCUCAUUUAAUCUGAUUGUCUGGUUGAGUUUGAGCUUGUUUUGCAUGUCUAGCAUCGCUCUUUUUUUGUUCCAUUUUUUUGUUCAGAGAUACAAAACUGAAGGGUUUUAUGUGUUCCCCGCUCAGUAAUGGAUCAUUUAAAGGAGAUGGUGUUUGUUUACCUUGAAAUGUAAAGAAACGUUUUGCAGCCUUUUGAUAUAACUCAUAAAGCAUUUCAAGGCAAACGUGGUGUCAUCCCGGAGGUCGCCACUAGAGGGCGACAUUUCCUCUGCGGCGUGGGCUCGGCCUCAGGGGGUCAUCAGCAGUCCCAUGCUGACGGAGGAAGCACUUUCUGAGGAGUAUUUGUGUGAAUGUCAAGCCUGUGUGGUGUGCUUCAAAGGAUGGAUGACUACGUGAUGCUGAUCUAUGCGAUGUAAUGUGACAGAGAGAAAAUAAAACUAAAUGGAACAAAUGUGG